UUUUUUUAAAAAAAUCCAACGGCCUAAAAAACGAACGCUAGAACCUUCUCUGUUCCAGUUGUCCAAUUACGACUCCUAUGUAUAUAUCAAGCUCAGUGUGUGUCUCCACUCUCUACUCUCAUCAACUCUCAGCUCAGCUUUGCAGUCUUAAUUAGCGUGAUCAAAGAACAUAGAAGAAGAUCGUCUCCAUGGGAAAGAAUUACCCAACAGUGAGCGAGGAGUACCAGAAGGCAGUGGAGAAAUGCAAGAAGAAGCUCAGAGGACUCAUCGCCGAGAAAAAUUGUGCUCCUAUCAUGCUCCGAUUGGCAUGGCAUUCGGCUGGUACCUUUGAUGUGAAGACGAAGACAGGAGGACCGUUUGGGACUAUAAGGCACUCAGCGGAGCUUGCUCACGGAGCAAACAACGGUCUGGAUAUUGCCAUUAGGCUUCUUGAGCCCAUCAAGGAGCAGUUUCCCAUUUUGUCUUAUGCAGACUUCUACCAGUUGGCUGGAGUUGUUGCUGUUGAAAUUACAGGAGGGCCUGAGAUUCCAUUCCAUCCUGGAAGACCGGACAAAACUGAACCACCCCCAGAAGGUCGCUUACCUGAUGCUACCAAAGGUUCGGAUCAUCUGAGGGAUGUAUUUGGCCACAUGGGUCUCAGUGAUAAAGAUAUCGUUGCUUUAUCCGGUGGUCACACCUUGGGAAGAUGCCAUAAGGAGCGUUCUGGAUUUGAGGGACCCUGGACGAGCAACCCUCUUAUUUUUGAUAACUCCUACUUCAAGGAACUCCUUAGUGGAGAGAAAGAAGGUCUACUCCAGCUGCCAUCAGAUAAGGCUCUUCUGGAGGAUCCUGUCUUCCGUCCUCUUGUUGAGAAAUAUGCUGCAGAUGAGGAUGCCUUCUUUGCCGAUUAUGCUGAAGCUCAUUUGAAGCUCUCAGAACUUGGAUUUGCCGAAUGCUGAAAAAAAAAUUAGAGAAGUGAAAUGUGGCUGCUGUCUGGUGUCUAGUCUGGAGGCUGUUUCAUUCUAGUGAAUUUUCUGGACUGGAUGAACUUCUAUAGCGUGGACGUUUUGUGUGCUUUGGACCUUUAGUUUCUGGCUAUGUAUGCUAUUAAAUUGCUAUUAAUGUCUGUAACAUAAGUAUAUAACUGGUGCAAAAACAGUUAAAACAUUGGUGUGUUUCAUUGGUGUGACCAUUAUGAGUUUCAACCCCAAUUAUAGCUUCUUAUGUGAUGGCUGUACAUUGCCUAUCAAAAUAUGUGGUGAAAAGCUUGCUCUUUCUUUAA